UUUAUGAAAAAAGCUACAUUUGGUUUCUCAGCUAAGUUUAAUGGUGGAUUGAAGGAAUAUUCACAUGAUGCCAUUAUUGUUGGUAUUAGAUGCAAAAAUUGUGAUCAUGUCAUGUUUCUCACUUGCGAUCUUGGAAGGAAUGGAAAAGAAAUGCGCUGGGGCUACUACGCGGAAUAUCUUGAGACGAUACAUAGGCGCAUUCUUAAAGCGAAACCGUAUGUGCAUUACAGUCAGAUUGUAGAAGUGUUCAAUAAAAUGUGGGAAGAAUACGGCUUAAUUAAUUGGAAUUGUUCGCAUUGGGCAGGAGAUUUCUUUGAAAAAGUGAUUAAUUUGUGUGAUUCUACGGAGGAAUUAAUUCUGCCAGAAUAA